UAUCACUGUGUAUUCUUGUUGGUAAAAAAUCGCAGCUAGCUGUUCUCAACACAUCGGAAACGAUUCCAGUUUUGCGAAACCCCAAAAUGAGACUUUCCUUGUUUCGAGCAGCUCGAUUGAAUCCGGCGGUGAAGGAACUUCGUCUUCAUCUAUGUCAAACCGGCGAGGCAUCCAAGGGAGUGCGUGAAUUCAUCAGCACUCAGUAUGCGGCACUAAAGCGUGAAAAUCCUAAAUUACCGAUUUUGGUUCGCGAAUGUAGCGGGGUACAGCCGAGGCUGUGGGCUAGAUACGAAAUGGGACAAGAAAAAUCAGUUUCUUUAACUAACGCAGCUGCUGCGGAUGUUGCUAAACAUAUUGAUACCCUUGGAAAGUAGGCUGAAAGAUAGGAAUAUCCAAAAUAGGUUUGUUACAAGAUAUUAAACGAAAUAAAAAGGAAUCACUACUGGCA